AUGGUUUCAGCUAUAGCAUUCCCUCCUUCAAGUAGCGAUGGUAAGGACUUGCUUAAUAGUGAUACACCCGGAUCUGCUGAGAGCACAAAUCAAGAUAAAGCAAAAGCAGAAGGCGAAAGAUGGAGAAAAGUUACAGUCAGACUGCCAAAGGAGGAAAUUUGGUAUUCAAGCAAAAACACUGAUUCUGAAGAAUAUUCAGGCACAACUCUGGUGUCUCCAGCAACCAGACACUUGAAUGUUUCACAAAGAGAAAGUCUGAUUCAACCAUCCAAAGUACCAAAGGCUACCAAAGGUUGUUGUCUCCAGCACCACCAGAUGGUGAAUCCACCAGGAACUCCUCUUGUCAUGGAACCGCUACAGGGAAGCAAACCACCAAAUUUCUUAAGCCAGGAGAACUGUGGGAAUAACCAAAAGAAUCAUGGUGAAGUGGAAUAUGAAACCCUUAUCCAGGAGAUGAAACUAAGUAAUAUACCAGUUUGUGUCCAUGUUUCUCCACCAGCAAUCGAAAUAUGUGAUCUCUCAGAGUCGGACACUUCUACUUCUCCUGUAGAAGGUGACAAACAGUCAAGUUCUUACAGCAGCAGCAUAGAUGGAAGAUCAAAUUCUAGCUUUGAACUUUGUUUGCCUGAUGAGGAGAGUUUGAUUUGCUUUGAUGGACCAUUCUUGAUGUCUGAUGUGGAAAAAUUGACAAUGGUUGAUGAUUCAAUGUCUAGUAGCGCCCCAAGCUCACCUCGCGAUAUGAUUGAGAAGCUAGUAGAAUCUUUACUCAAUGAUGAAAGCUGUCCUGCACCACAUCUGAACGAUCGUAUAGUGCAUCAUGGAGCUGGAUUGGAAGGCUUUGGUUAUCUUCCGCAUGCACAGCAUUCUUACACAGAGUUCUGUUCCAAUCAACUGAAUCUGCAAAGGGAUGAACAAAUGCAUAGUAGUUUCCAUAAAAACUCCAUCUAUUCAGCAAUGUCUUCUUCUGCAGCAUCUCACUCUCACCCAUCCAGCACAGCUUGUCAACCCUUUGCUCUAUCUCACGAUGAGCUGAGAAGAGUUCAUGAUCAGCUGAAAAGGGCUGAUAAUCGAAUUGGUCAAUUAAGCUCCAGCAGAAGAUAA